AUGUCGAUGACCGAGCAGCCUUCCGUUGCAGGCAGCAGAGAAGACGAAGAAACGCCCCAUGGGUUCAGCAAGCAUGCACUCCUUAGCCAAGGUUCUUUUGCAGCACAUUCUGGAGACUACAAUACUGGAAACCGAAGUGCCGAAGAGACCUUCGAUAUCAGCGAAUAUUGUCACGCGGAUGAUGAUUGGGAGCCGCAUGCAAACACACCUGACCCCGCAUGCUACGUUGACUCAACGCACAGUAGGAGCCUAGGGAGAAUUGUUUUGCGGUCAAAUCAACAAAUCUCUACAAAUGACGAGGUUCUUCUAUCUGGCGUCGAGAAGUACGCUGAAGCAACUAGCUUGAGCUACAGAGAUCAAGCGCGCGCCAUUCAACUCCCAUAUAAACCCCUGCCAUUAGGACAGUCAGACACCACUGAGUAUUUCUCGCAUAUGCAGAGCAUACCAAAAUACACGACAGAUUCACCACAGCCCGUCCACCUCUCCAGCUCUAAGUAUGAGCCGUACAGAGCACGAUUUGACUCUUCUGAGAGCGCAAGCCAACAUCGCAAGGAGGCGACACGAUUCAGCCGGAAGCCUUAUCGACUUCCAGGAACCGAUCACACAAUUCGAGAAGUCGAACGAGACCGCCUCUACCACGUCGAACGAGUGUAUAACGCCAUGACAUGCGGUGAUGCAGCGAGGGAUAAUAAAGGCUCCAUUGCAAUGAAGAGAUGGGUGCAUGGCGCCUAUUAUAACUCCGACUUGGUCGAGGCGUAUGCACAUAAGGUGAUUGAUUGUCUGUUGCUGCAAGCGAAAGACGGGUUUCGCGGCUGGGUGAGUUUUCUUCCCCUAGACUUUGUUCGAGAUAUGACUAACUCGAAAAUCGUAAAGGUUCAUAAUGAUUAUGUUGCGGAUGACCGUAAGGGCGACGAUGAGGACCGAGACGUGACCUGCGAAGAACGACUGGAGAGCGUUCUUCGGGCUCUCCAAGAGGAGAAGACAAUCUGCGAGGAUGUCAUGAACUCUGCUUGCCAGAUCCGCAUGUUUGUCAACGCUCCGAAAGCAUACGCAAAUAGGAAAUACCAAAACCGCGUUGGAAAUAGCAAAAGAGGUCGAACGAAAGACUCUGAUGCAAGCGAUGGGCCGUCCAAGGUCCGCAAAUUCAACCCAAAGCCAGCGACAAGAGCACGCCGUACUGGAUCAAACAAGCUCGCUGAAGUCAAUGUACACAUGCGGCUUGGAAGUCAGCCACGCGAGACGUCUCCAUUCCAACACCAAGCACGUUUCUCGACACCGUCUGCGUUCCCUGGCAAUCCCGACAUGGCCAGACUUCCGAGACUCGUUCCUUUGCAGGGAGACCCGUCCACACGGAGUCGCUUUCAAGCCAGUUCGCCGCCGCUAACAGGGUCCCCUUAUGCCCCGCGUGUGUCAACAAUGCCGCCGCAGCAACAUACACCACUGAUGUCGCCCCCAGCCUUGACACAUGGGAAUAAAUCCGCACCCACGAGCCCAUAUGAUGCGCAUCCUAUACACAAUCCUGAUGGCGAGCCGUGGCCUGCAAUGCAAUAUGGCAACGUUUAUUACCGGGCCGACGAGCCACUCUUCGACGGCACUUGGAGCUCGCCUGGCGGGCCGCAGAGUCAGGCAUGCACUGGUGUCGAUGCAAACCUUUUCGCGCAACAUCCAGAACUAGCCGAAGUGACAUUGAGUCCAAGACAGCAACUCAACGGGGCAUAUGACGGCCUGGAUUUCUCAGAAUACUGGAGGGCCCAACACGGAGUCCAGCAAUAUCCGUACCCAGGACCUUCAAAUACGCACGACCAGAGAUAA